AUCUCACUGGAGAUCUCUCGAUCUAAGUCGGUUUCUAUCGAUCUCGAACAGUUUCAGAAAAUGGCAAAGACAAGAGGAGGAGGUCAAGUUGCUGCUCGUCGUAGUAGGCGUAAUCAAGGCUUGGAGGUAGAAGAUGUUGCUCCUGCAACAACACUAAAGGUUAAUAAGAAGGUGAAUAAGAAGAAAACAGCAAAUAAAGUGGCUCGGAGAAGAAGUAGUACUAGAGCCAAGAAAGUGGCUGCUGUAGAUGAUGAGGUAGAAGAUGUUACACCGAAAGUGGCUGCUGUAGAUGAUGAGGUAGAAGAUGUAACACCAGAAGCUGUGGAAGAAGAAAAGGGUAAUGACAAAGAUAUAACACCGGAGGCUGAUCAGACUGAGAAAGCAAUGCCUGAAGAUGAGAAUGAAGGAGAAGGAUGUUUGACUGGACAGGGCCAGGAGGAGGAUGAAGAAGAAGUUGCCAAUAUAGAAGAAGAAGCUUGUUUGACUGGACAGGACCAGCAGGAGUAUCAUCAAGAAGAAGCUGCCACUAUGGAAGUAGCUGCGAAUAAUGAAGAAGUUGCCAAUAUGGAAGAAGAUGGUGUUGGCAAUGGUCAAGAUAAAGCGAUUCCUACCAACACUGAUGAAGGAAGUCAGGUACCAGAAGAAAGAGUGAAAGUAAGAAGAAAAAGAGGACCAACAAAGAUGCGUAAAGUGGCUGAAAAUCCUAAUGAAAGGGUUUCAGUUUCUUUCACUGACUUUGGUGAUCAUGUUGGAACUGGUUCAGUAAGAUUAUCAUCUUUUCUUGGUGUCCUCGUGAGUCAAUUCAUUCCAGUUACAAUUUCUGAUUGGAGACAAGUUGAUGCAGCGACUAAAGAAACAUUGUGGGAACAAAUUCAGGGGAGGUUUGACAUGGAAGAAGAAUGGAAAAAAGCUGUUAUUAUGAAGCAAAUGUGUAAUAUCUUUAGGGGUAUGAAGUCAAGGCUAGUGACAAAAGUACGUGCUGCUGAGACAGCUGCUGAUAUACUAGCUUUAAAACCCAGCAACAUCCCAUCCAUUCAAGUGUGGAACUCUUGGGUUAAGAGCAAGACUAGCAAAGCUUUUACGGAAGUAAGUAACAAGAUGAGGAAGUUGAGACAUGAUCAGAUUCCUCAAACCUCCAGCCGCAAAGGAUUGGUUCGUUUAGCUGAUGAUAUGAAAAAAAAGAGUUCAAACCCAAGUAAGGUGACUAGGACUAAGGUAUGGUUAGCGGGACACACUCAUGCUGAUGGUAGACCUGUGAAGCCUCAAUUUGCUGAGACUAUUAAACAAAUACAAUCACUUGAUAGUGAAAUGGACUCUACAUCAGCUGCUGAUAACAUAAGGGAAGAUGCUGUGAGCCAGAUUUUGGGAAAAGACAAACCUGGACGAGUAAGGGGGUUUGGUAGAGGGAUUACGGCUACUAAGUUAGCGUUUAUGCAAGCUAGAGACGCAAAAAUGGCAGAAAUGAAAAGUGAGAUUGAUGAGUUGAAGGGAAUGUUUAGAGACUUAGCUGGAAAGAAGAAAAGUUAUUGUGACACUGAAACAUGUGAGACUGAAACAUGUGAGAGUAGUGGUGUAUUCAAAGUAGGAGAUAGAGUACAGCUACUGGAUUGGAUUCAUUCAAGAGAAGUAGUUGUUGGUGAAGGAGAAUUCUGUUCUGAUGAACAGAUGUACAAAAUUGGUCGUAUACCAAUUGGUCCUAAUGCAGUGGCUGUCAUUGUUAGUUCUGUACUAAGCUCAACAGCUUCUCUCUGGAGGCCUACAUCAGAUGUGUUAUAUCUUAAGGAAGCUGUUGGAUGCAAAAUAUCUUGGCCAAUGGACAAAGUGCUUAGGGUUCCAUUCACUUCUGAAGAUGUAUCCUUAGGGCCAAACAAGGAAGGUGAAACUCGAAGCUGCAAAAUAUUUGAUUGGGAAAAUAUAGAGAAUGAUGAGCUUAUUGCUGAAGGUAUCGUGUGCUCAUCUAACUCCAAAGAGAGGGUUAACAAUAUUCCUCUAGGUCCGGGUGCUGUUAGUCUUCAAGUUGUGAAGGUGUUCAAUUUUAAUGCUCCUUUGUGGAGGCCAACUGCUGAUAUUAGUGUAAUUGGUGAAGCAAUUCAUGAGAAAAUCGCAUGGCCUGUCCUAAAGAUUGAUGUCACGGCUGCAGCCACUCCAGAACCAACACUAACUAAAUCAGUGAGUCCAGGCAGCAAUAGUUCCACCAAAAGUCCAGAGCAGAAGUGUGUUCUUUUGGACUGCAACAAUUCUGGUCGUAUUGUAGCUGAAGGAAGAGUGAUGUCAACAGAUCCAGAAGAUAAGUGCCAUAAUGUGCCCCUCGGUCCAAAUGCAAGCAAGGUCUCUGUAGAUUUGAUUAAGAUUGGUAAUGCAAAGGUCUGGAGGCCAAAUUCAGAGUUUGUGUUCAUUUCUGAUGCAGUAGGUUCAGUUGUACCUUGGCCAAGCGAGAAAGUGAAGAAUACUAUCGAGUACUCAGAAGGAGCAACGAAUUUCGCCAAGUCAUCUGCAAGAAGAUUGGGAAAUCUGUCUGAAAUGCUAUGCCCAUGUAGAGAUUGCCGCAAUUUAUGCCAUCAGUCUAUAGAGGAAAUUGUUGAGCAUCUAGUGCUUAGGGGUAUGGAUAAGAAGUAUAAGACUUCUUGUUGGAAUUUUCAUGGUGAAAAAAGAGCAGAUACAGAAGACAAUGCUCCUCAACAUGAAACAGAGGCAUUUGACUUGUUUAAGACAGCAUUUUCUAUGGGUGAAGCCUUAGGAACAUUGUCUGGAUGUAAAGUGAAAGGGAAACAAGCUUGCAAUGUAUGUGGAAAGCAUACACCUUCCAGAUGGCUUAAGUUUAGCCGUAAGUUUGUCUAUAUGGGGAAUAGAAAGAGACUACCGCCUGGCCAUCGUUACAGAUAUAAAAAAGCUUGGUUUGACAACACUGUUGAGGAAGGGACUGCCAAUAGGAUACAAACUGGCUCUGAAAUAUAUGAGACACUACAAGCUUUUAGGAAUGAUUUUGGAAAACCUCUAGAUAAGGAAAGUAAAAGAAAAAGAACUGAGUUGGAUCAAGAUGAGGUGGUUGAAGAAGAAGAGUGUGAAGAAUCAAAUGAUAUAUGGCGGUGGAAGAAGAGAUCAAUAUUCUUUGAACUACCUUACUGGAAGGAUUUGCUUGUUCGUCACAAUAUUGAUGUUAUGCACGUAGAAAAGAACGUCUCAGAUGCUAUAUUGUCUAUCUUGAUGCAAAGUGCUAAGUCAAAAGAUGGUUUGAAAGCAAGAAAAGACUUAGAAGAUAUUGGAAUCAGAAAUCACUUGCACACAGAGGUCCGGGGAAAGAAAACAUACUUACCUCCAGCAGCCUAUUGGUUAUCCAAGAAAGAGAAGACAAUUUUCUGCCAAAGAUUAUCUAAGUUUAGAGGUCCUGAUGGUUAUUGUGGUAAUAUUGCAAAUAGUGUUUCAGUUACCCCUCCAAAUAUAGGUAGUUUAAAGUCGCAUGAUCAUCAUGUCCUAGUACAGAACUUGUUACCAGCUGCAUUAAGAGGGUUGUUACAUAAGGGUCCUAGGAUUGCCAUAAAUAGAUUAUGCAGUUACUUCAACAGGUACAUGAAAACACUUAAGGCUUUUGUUAAGAAUCAUGCAAGGCCAGAAGCAUGUAUGGCUGAGGGGUAUUUAGCUGGAGAAUGCGUUGCAUUUUGUUUAGAGUUCCUUAAAGAUUCAGUACCAGUUCAAGAAACAGUUAAUCGCAAUGAAGAUAUUGAGGCUGAUAGAAGCGUGGUUGAAGGUCGACCUCUGCAGAAGGGUAUAGAAGUUACCCUAUCAGAUAAAGAUAGAGACAAUGCACAUCGCUAUGUGCUAAUGAACAUGGCAUCUUUGGAUCCUUAUGUCGAGAUGCAUUUGGAAGAAUUACAAGCUAAUGAUGCUCGAUGUGCUAAAAGUGAAACUUUGUUAUGGAAAAACCAUACUGAGCAGUUUGCACAAUGGCUUAAAAAAAAGAUUCAUUCAGACUCAAGAAAUAGUCAUUCUAAGGAGAUAAGGUGGUUGGCAUUUGGACCCAGAAAUGUUGCUUUAGCACAUAAAGGAUUUAUCGUUAAUGGGCAACGGUUUCAUACAGAUGCGGUUAAGCGGAAGACACAAAACAGUGGCAUAACUUAUGAAGCAUUUAGCAUGUGUAGAUCAAGUGCUCGAGAUAUGAGACAAGUCGCUAAUGUGCUUACAUAUUAUGGAGUGAUAAAGGAGAUUUUACUUAUGGACUAUGACAUGUUCAAAGUGCCGCUGUUUAGAUGCAAUUGGGCCAACACAGGGAAUGGUGUGAAGGAGGAAGAUGGUUUCACUCUUGUUAACCUUCAUAUGAACCAAACAGCCUAUUUGAAAGAUCCAUUCAUUCUACCUUCUCAAGCAAAACAGGUUUUCUAUUCUAGGGAAGAUGAUAAUUCAAAUUGGUAUGUUGUUAUGAGAGCACCACCUAGAGGCUAUCAUGAAUUGGAAACAGAAAAGGAUUUAGGUGGUGCACCUUUGCCUGUACAAGAAGUCGAUGAUUUGGAUGAUGAAGCUUUUGAUGAUGAUAGUGUUUAUGUUAGGGAUGAUUGUGAAGGCUUGUUAGUGGUAGAUUGAUAGGUAUGUUUGUGGUUUUUGUAAACAAUGAGAAUUGAAAUGGGUUAUUAAACAUUUUAAUGGUAU